AUGGCCCAUUUAGUGGAAUGCCUAUCCAACCAUAAGCAGAAAGAAAAACCACAGCAUGAUGAGGCCACCAUUCACUCUGAGAGCCAGGGCGAUCUACAUGGUCAUGCGAUAGAUGGUCUUGAAGCAGGCCAAAGAAUUCGUGACACAGCUGGUGUAGUUCUAAUGGAAGGUGAUGAAGCCCAUUAUAUCGGCUCUACUGACGGUAGGAGCAAUCUUGCGAUGAAAGAGGGACAAAGAAUGACUUACGACAAAGUUGUCAGCCAAGCAAAAGACGUGUUAUCAGAAACACGAUAUCACGCCAUUAAAUCAGCAAAAUAUGCUCUGAACUUUGUUCUCGUGCUUCCAACUAAUUUGACACUAAGCCUGUCAAGGGGGUUUCACAACGCACCGAGGCUGUACCAUGAUGAUACUGUUCACUCAAUUCCAAAAGUCAUGGAGAUCAAGAGUGGAUUAAGAGCAGCCGGCAAGGAAAUGUAUCAUUGA